CAUGAAGCCUGUUUAGCUUAACCCUGUAGCGCAGUUCCUCCUUCCUCAAGCAAGAGUAAUUGAGAAUCGCUGCUCAGUGGGCAAAGCGUUAGGCCGCCAUGGAAGGACAAGAAGGGGUUCAGGAACCACAAAUCGUGCUCGCUAACAAGUUUUUUCAUCUCAAACACCCCGAUGUCCAAGACAUUGAAAAGGUCCGGCUCAAAGAGGAGGUUUUUACUCAUGUCAAGGAUAAUGAUAUGGUUCCUUUAUACGAAACCCUAGUCGCUGAUUCAGUAUUGCCCCUAGAUCAGAGCGUUUUGGACUCGAUGCGUGCUAAAAUAGACGAGGAACUCAAGAAGCUUGACGAGAAGAUUGCUGAUGCAGAGGAAAACUUAGGUGAGAGUGAAGUUCGAGAGGCUCACUUGGCAAAGUCCUUGUUUUUCAUUCGGAUUGGUGACAAGGAAAAAGCCUUGGAACACCUCAAGUUAACAGAAAGCAAGACGGUUGCUGUUGGCCAGAAGAUGGAUCUGGUGUUUCAUACAUUGCAGCUUGGUUUCUUCGACAUGGAUUUUGAUCUCAUCUCCAAGAGCAUUGAUAAAGCUAAAAGCUUGUUUGAAGAAGGUGGUGAUUGGGAAAGAAAGAACCGGUUGAAAGUGUAUGAAGGCUUGUAUUGCAUGUCCACUCGAAAUUUCAAGAAGGCUGCCAAUCUGUUUUUAGAUUCUAUUUCAACAUUUACAACCUAUGAACUUUUUCCCUAUGACACUUUUAUAUUUUACACUGUUUUGACAAGCGUUAUAUCAUUGGAUAGAGUUUCCAUGAAGCAAAAGGUGGUGGAUGCUCCUGAGAUCUUGACAGUGAUCGGCAAAAUCCCAUAUCUUUCAGAGUUUUUGAACUCCUUAUACGACUGUCAAUACAAGUCAUUCUUCUCAGCGUUUGCUGGCUUGACGGAGCAAAUCAAGUUGGACCGCUAUUUGCAUCCCCACUUCCGAUUUUACAUGAGGGAGGUCAGAACCGUUGUUUAUUCACAGUUCUUGGAAUCUUACAAGAGCGUUACAAAUGAGGCAAUGGCAAAAGCAUUUGGGGUGACCGUGGAUUUCAUUGAUCUGGAGCUAUCCCGUUUUAUUGCAGCUGGGAAGCUACAUUGCAAGAUUGAUAAAGUCGCAGGCGUCCUAGAGACUAACCGCCCUGAUUCUAAGAAUGCC